AUGGACGCAUCUAUAAAACAUAGAAAAUUAGAUGAAACUUUUACAUUUAUUACACCACCUGCUGAUUCUUCAAUAGAUAUAUUAAAUGAUUUUUAUUGGACAAAUGAUACUGAACCUCAUGUACAAAGAAGAAAAUUAAUAUUAGAAAAAUAUCCUGAAGUUAGAAAAUUAACUGGAUAUGAACCAAAAACUAAAUGGUAUGUUUUGAUGGUUGUUUUAUUACAAUUAUUUGUUGCUUAUUAUUUAAGAAAUACUUCACCUUUUACAUGGAAAUUUUUUUGGUUAGCUUAUAUUAUUGGAGCUACUUCAAAUCAAGCUAUAUUUUUAGCAAUUCAUGAAUUAAGUCAUAAUUUAUUAUUUAAAAAACCAAUUCAUAAUAAAUUAUUUGCAAUUUUAACUAAUAUUCCCAUAGGUAUACCAUAUUCAGCUUCUUUUCAACCUUAUCAUCAAUUACAUCAUAAAUUUAUGGGUGAUGAAUAUUUAGAUACUGAUUUACCAACAAAAUAUGAAGGUAUAUUUUUAUCAAAUUUAUUAGGUAAAGUAUUUUUUGCAACUUGUCAAAUUUUUUUUUAUGCUUUAAGACCAAUGUUUAUAACUCAAAUUAAAUUUACUUAUAUUCAUUUAUUAAAUAUUGUUUUUCAAGUUAUAUUUGAUAAUUUGUGGAUUCAAUUAUUUGGUUGGAAAAGUUUUAUUUAUUUUAUAAUGAGUUCAUUUUUAGCAGGUUCUUUACAUCCAUGUGCUGGUCAUUUUAUUGCUGAACAUUAUGUUUUAAAUGAAAAUAAUACUCCAAAACAAAAACUAGUAAAUGGUUCAAAUGUUAUACCAGUUCCACCAGAAACUUAUUCUUAUUAUGGUUCAUUAAAUUAUUUAACUUGGAAUGUUGGUUAUCAUAAUGAACAUCAUGAUUUUCCAUAUAUUGCAUGGACAAAAUUACCAAAAUUACGUAGUAUAGCUUCAGAAUUUUAUGAUCCAUUACCAAAAGUUAAUUCAUGGUGUGGAGUAUUAUGGUGGUUUAUUUUUAAUGAUGUUAAUCUUUUAUGGAAUAGGGUUAAAAGACAAGGUAAAGAAAAACAUGGUUAUAAAAUAGAAAAAGUUGAUGAAAAUCAACAAUAA